UAUUUCAUAAAUUACAUGGUGAAAAACUUCAUAAAUUUUUCGUUCGCUUUUCAAACAAAAUUGUCUAUAAAUCUUUUUGUGAUUAAUUUAACUUCAAGCCAUUUAUUGUUCGUCCACCGAAAACAACGAAAUUCAAAAUUAACUGUCAUUCCAGAAAGAAUCCUCUAAAUACAUGCGCAGAUACUUGGCCAAUAGUCGCGUAAAUAAAACAGAACCAGCGGCGGAGUGUUUGAAUUGCAGCGACACCCGUACGCGAUCUUACACCAAAGGUCAUUAGCAGCUGAUCAGAGAAAUUUUCAAGCGGCAAAAUGUCCGGGCUUUCUAUGGUAUUCAAUGGCCUUUUGGUGGGUGCUUCAGGAUUUGCUUUGUAUACAAUGCCGCCCGCCGAGCAUCCUUAUGCUUUCUCGGCGUGCGCCUUUGGACUCUGUCAUGGCCUGCUCGGCAUGAUACACUACUACAAGCAGGAUAGCGAAGAUUGCAGCAAGAUUCAUGAUGUAUCUACCAGCGUUAUGGAGAUUAUACAGUUGCCACUGAUAAAUAUUGAAUUGUACUUGGCUUCGUCUGAGAGUAGCGCCUUGGCCUUGGGACAUGGACUGUUCGUCAUACCGCUAGCCUUCGAUCUAAUUGCCAAACUCUUUACGGAGGAGGGCGACGAUAGCAACACAAACACACUGAAGGAUCUUACAAUACUGGGCAAUAUCAUGUCCUUGACAUUCUUGGCCGUGAAUGAGAGCAACUAUACAUAUGUCAGCAUGGCUAUAACGGCCUUCCUGACAAAAUACGGUGCCAUACUGUUGGACAGCUACUGGGAGGGUUCACUCGAAAAUACUGUACUCACCGGCUAUUCGUUGUUUACAUUCCUUGCUAACUAUGCAAUUACUGAGAAGCCAGAAUGGCUGAGUAUGAAAUGAGGUGGAGUUAAACCUUUGAAGGAAUGGUGCGAUAAAAUCCAUGAAAACUUACGAUUUCAGCAAAAGCAAUUGUUAACCAGUAAAUAUAUAAAUUAAGAUUUGAAAUGAAA